AUGGAAAUCUCCGAUGACAAGGAUAAGGCUGAACACCUCUCUCAGUUUUUCCGGUCCGUCGUGACAAGUGAACCUGAUUUUCUCUCUCCCAUUUGUGAAGACGAAGAAAAGCCUACCCUUGAAGCCGUAUUCUUCACCGAAGCAAUGGUUCGGAACGAGUUACCUAAUCUGAAAGAAUCGACCUCCCCAGGCCCUGAUGCAAUCCCCGCCAAGCUGCUGAAGGAGCUAGCUCCCGACAUGUCCAAGCCAUUAGCCUUGAUCUUCCAAACAUCAUUUCUUACUGGAUGCCUGCCCUCUGACUGGAAGUCCGCUACCAUCACUCCGCUUUUUAAGAGCGGAAGUCGUGCGUCUGCAAAUAACUACAGGCCAAUGAGUUUUACCUCCAUCUGUUGCAAAAUCAUGGAGAAUAUCAUUAAGAAGGCCUUGAUGCAGUUCCUCGAGCAGCACCACCUCCUCUCUGAUGCACAACACGGCUUUCGAAGUGGUAGGUCCUGCCUGACGAAUCUGCUCUUUACGCUCGAACGCUGGACCAAAGCACGUGAUGAAGGCAAGGUGGUGCACGCCAUCUACAUCGAUUUCAAAAAGGCCGUCGACAGCGUUCCCCACCAACGUCUCUUGCCCAAACUGCGCAACGCAGGAAUUCGUGGACGCCUUCUUGUAUGGAUCCAGAGCUUUUUGGCUGGACGGUCCCAAAGAGUGCAGGUCGAGCGUCAACAGUCCUCAGAGGUAAGCGUGGUGAGUGGCGUCCCACAGGGCUCAGUCCUAGGUCCCACGUUAUUCCUCGUUUUCAUAAAUGACUGCGUAAAGGACUUAGACUGUGAUACCAUCCUGUUUGCCGACGACAUUAAAUUGUGGAAAGUUAUUCACAAUGCGGCAGACGCAGACCACCUGCAAGCAAACCUGAACAGACUCGAAGACUGGUCGAAGCGCUGGCUUAUGCCCUUCAAUAUAAGCAAGUGCAACUUUCUUCAACUAGGCAGCUUCAGAGCCUCCAGCCCCAGGACUUACUUUCUAGAGGGCACACCACUGCAACAGGUUGACACUCAGAAGGACUUGGGUGUAUGGAUUACAUCUUCACUCAAACCAACACUGCACUGCGCGAAGGCGGCUAAAUCGGCUAUGGCUACACUGCAACUCAUUAAGCGAGCAUUUAUUGGAUUUGAUCCAGAUAGCUUUUCAAAAAUAUUUGGCACCUACGUGAGGCCUCAUCUAGAAUACGCCAUACAGGCGUGGAGACCUUGGAUUGCCAAGGACUAUACCGUUUUGGAGAAGGUCCAGAGACGGGCGACCAAAAUGACACAAGGUCUGGGAGCGCUGUCUUAA